AUGAGUCUCACUGUCAUGAAAGUAAAGACCCCCAAGUUCAGGCUAGGCAACAUCAACGUCCAAAGCUUGGAAUCAACGCCUUCAUUCGACUUGAAAUUCACAACCCAAAUCAGGAUCAAGAACUCAGCCAACUGGGGUUCCUACAAGUUCGAUGCUGGAAAUGUCACGUUUCAACACCAAGGCCAGACUGUGGGAGUAAUUAAUAUCGCAAAGGGCAAGGUUGGAUGGCUUUCGACCAUAAAAAGAAAUGCGAAUGUGAGUUUGGAUUCAAGUGCAAUAACUGGUUCAAAUCUUGGAAACGAAUUGAGCAACGGGGUGUUGACGCUCAACAGUGUAGGAAGAUUGAAUGGAAAAGUUGCAAUUAUGUUCAUCAUGAAGAAGAAGAAGGCCACCAACAUGAACUGCACCAUAGCUUUUGAUGUAGCAGCUAAGACCCUCAAAUCUUUACACUGCAAGUGA